GACAAGAUGGAUAGACAAAGUUUGUAUCACCGUUACUGACCUGAAACUUAAAAGAUGUGGUGAAUUUUCGGGAGAAGGCUAUUAUGUGCAGAAAGUCAGGGUAUUGGGAAGUCUGUGUGAGGUCUGUGCAGACGUCUGUGUCUAGGUCUGUGUCAAGACUUUGUCAGCGUUACCCGAGAGUUACCGGGGGAGUCCCUCCCGCCACCCUCUCUGUUUGCCCGCCGCCUCCCCUCGUUGCCAGCUACCUAUACUUGAACCAUGGGCGCCACAUCAUUCAGUCCCGCCCUUUGAUUGCCCAAUAUUCCCGGCAUACUGUGGCGCAUGACGACCAUUGGUCUGGCUGUUGACUGCACUGGCUGUGGUAGCGCUGCACUUACGAUAUGUCAGAGUGACCAGAAUGGCAACGCAGGGAAGCCUAUGGCCAGGCAUGCGCGAUGUCGAUUUUUUCAGAUUCUUCCCCGAGCUCCUCCAAUUACCUGAUGUCCUUGCAAUCAUUCCUUCAUUCAGCUGGUCCCCAAUACCCUCGUCACAUUGAAGCCGUAACAUGUAAGUACAAGUAGAGGGUGGUACUUACUUAGAUGCUCGUGGUAUAUGUACUAU